CUUUUCAUCCCUUUUCAUACAUAAAUUUUUUUUUAUUAUUAUUUUAUUACUGUUAUCAUCAUCUCCCCUGAAUACUUUUGACUGAUAUGUUACUGAUUACAGAAGCUGAUCAAUACAUGGGAUAUGCUAUUGCAUCACAUUUAGGACGAUACCCUGCCUUAAGAUCCAAAAUCCGAUUGUUAUGUAAAAACAAGACCAUUUGCCUUAACUUUGAACAUAAAGGAAUGGACGUACAUUGUGUGGAUUAUAAUCAUCCUCAUCAUCUCUCUUUGGCUCUACGUGGUGUUGAUCACAUCAUCCUGGCUGUGGGUCAUGAUGAUACUCGGGUCUCUAUGGCUAAACAUUUGAUUCAAACUGCCGUUCAAUCUGGUAUCAAGUCCAUCCUUCUUGUUUCUCAUGUAGGUGCUGCUUCUCAUACUCAUGAGACUUUACAACAAUAUGCAGAUAUUGAACGUCUUGUGAUUGAUACUGAUUGUCAAUGGACCAUCCUCAGACCAGACUGGUUGAACCAGAAUUUCCAUUUAUGGGCUCCCUAUAUUGAGAAACAUCGCCAUUUGCCUUUGCCGAUACCGGAUGAUACCGAAAUGUGUCCCAUUGAUAUGAAAGACAUAUGCAAGGUGAUUGAACAAUUGAUCCUAGAUAAAAGCAAUAAAAAUUGGAAAUCUGAAUUGGAUGAUCUACACAAUGGUCAAGUUUAUACAUUGACAGGCUCUCAAGUCGUCAAUCCAAAAGAAUUGGUUCAAAUGUUGUCACAGGCUACAGGCUACACAAAAAUGGAAUACAAACCCACUCGACCUAUGGAUCUAGCCUAUUACUUUAAUGAAUUAAAACGUGAUAUUUGGUUUGAUGCUCGUAUUAAGCAUGAAAAAGCUCAAAUCUAUCGUGAUGAUUUACUUGCUUAUGAUUAUUGUUCUAAAGCUUUUGGUGCUCCUUCAGCCAUCCAUAUUCAAACCAUGUUAGAGUAUUUUGAUUGGAUACAAAAAACAGCAAGUAGUAUCUGUGUUCCACAUGCUCCCAUGAUCACUUCUCUUCCAUGCCGUUCUUUACGAAAGUUCUUCAGUGAAAACGCAAAUACUUUCAAACCAAGAGUCUAAAUCAUUUUUAUUUUAUUUUUUUAAAAGAGUAAUCAUUGAUCCAUUGAUUUUAUCAUCAUAAUAAAAUAUCCAUUUCUAUUUUUUUUUUUUAAA